CUGUCAGUGUUUGGAACUGCUGAAGGUGAACUCCCAUUGCGAGAAUCUGUACCACGACAUCGCCAAGAUGGCUUUCGGAUUCUGUUUGAAGUACAAUCGGAAGAUGGAGUUCCGGAAGCUGUGCGAGAAGUUGCGGAAGCAUCUGGAAGAUAUUAGCAAGGUGAGCUCGCAGACGGCCAAUGUGAGCAUCUCGAAGCCGGAGACCCAGCAGCUGAACUUGGACACCCGUCUAAACCAGCUGGACUGCGCCAUCCAGAUGGAAUUGUGGCUAGAAGCGUAUAAGGCCAUCGAGGACAUCCACGGGCUGAUGACACUGUCUAAGAAGACUCCCAUGCCGAAGACAAUGGCCCUUUACUAUCAAAAAUUGGCCAUGGUGUUCUGGAAGGCCGGCAAUCAACUGUUCCACGCUGCUGCUCUAUUGAAGUUGUUCCAGCUGUCCCGUGACAUGAAGAAGAAUGUCACUCAAGAGGAGAUCCAGCGAAUGACUUCCCACGUUCUGAUUGCCACCUUGGCCAUUCCACUUCCGUCGGCUCAUCCGGAGUUUGAUCGGUUCAUCGAAACCGACAAGAGCCCCCUGGAGAAGGCCCAGAAGCUUGCGGUUCUGCUUGGACUGCAACAGCCACCAACCCGUGCUUCGUUGCUGAAGGAUGUGCUCCGCUUGAAUGUCCUCCAACUGGCCGCUCCCCAGUUCCAGAACUUGUACAAGUGGCUCGAGGUGGAAUUCGAUCCGUUGAAUCUCUGCGAACGUGUCCAAAACAUCAUCCAGGAAAUCACCGUCGAUGAGAAUAAUCCCUACGCUCAGUACACUCAGGCCCUGCAGGAUGUCACCCUGGUGCGUUUGGUCCGUCAGGUUUCCCAAGUCUACCAGUCGAUCGAAUUCUCUCGUUUCUUGGCACUGGCCAAGUUCUCCACCAGCUUCUACCUGGAGCGUAUUCUGGUGGACUGUGUGCGUCACAACGACAUGCAAAUCACGAUCGAUCACCGCAACCAUUGCGUCCAUUUCGGAACGGAUCUGAGCGAGAGCCAACGGGAGGAUCAUCCCGAUGGUCCGCUUCAAUCGAUGCCCUCGGAACAGGUCCGCUCCCAACUGGUCAACAUGUCCGUUGUCCUUCAUCGUGCCAUUGCCACGAUCAACCCCAACCGGAACAAGGCCGAACGCGAUCGUCUCCGGGCUCAGAUGGUCAAAAGCUACGAAGAAAACAUGGUCAAGGAACAUCAGCGCAUUCUCCAACGUCAGAAGAAGAUCGAAGAUCGCAAGGAAUACAUCGAGCGGGUGAAUCUCGAGCGCGAAGAGAAGGAACUCCGCGAACUAGAGGAAGUCGCUCGCCAGCAUAAACUCGCCGAACAGCGUCGUCUGGAGCAGGAAAAUGAGGAACGCGAACGCAAACGUUACGAGAACGAAGUCCAGAUGAUCAAGGAGCGCAACAUGAAGGAAAAGAUCGAUCAAAUCAAGCAGACGGCCGCCGGUCAAAAGAUCCUCAAGAAGUUCGACGAGGAAGACAUCAAGAAGAUGAACGCCGAAGAGAUCGCCGCCAAGGAGGCGGAAGAACGCCAAAAGGAACGCAAGGCCCACGACAACAAUCUCAAAUCGCAGGAGAAGAAGAUCGAUUACUUCGAGCGGGCCAAACGCCUGGAGGAAAUCCCCCUCAUCGAGAAGUACCUCGAGGAAAAACUGGUCCAGGAUAAGCAGUUCUGGGAGAAACAGGAAGCCUCUCGCAUCGAAGCGGCCAUCGCCGAACGCAAGAACGCCGAAGCUGUCCAGGAGCGCUUGAAGCGCAUGCAACCGGACCGGGAUCUUCUGCAGAAGCUGAAGGGCGAGCGCAGCAACCAGUUUGCCGAGAAACUUAAGGCCUUCAAUGUCGCCCUGGAGGAAGAGCGCAAACGGCGUCUGACCGAACGGGUUUAUGAGCGACGCGAGGAACGCCGCCAGAAAUGGCUCCGCGAAAAGGAGGAAGAACGUCGCCGGGCCGAGGAGGAAAUCCGCAAGCAAAGGCAGGAAGAGGAACGCAUCGAGCGUGAAAGACGUGCCGAGGAACGGCGCAUCGAGGACGAGAAGGCUCGGUUGCUCGAAGAGAAGAGACGCGCCCGCGAGGAAGAGGCUACGAAGAAGGCGGAGGAAAAUCGCCAAAUGCAGGCUAAAGCUCGCGAACGUGAACGUGAGCGUGAGGCAGAUUCCUGGAGAGAUCGUCGUGGAGGUGACGCUCCAGCUGCGGCAGCUCAACCAAAUCCGGCAGCGCAAGAAGCCACCAAGCCAGAAUCCGGAUGGAGAACAGCCGGAGCACGGGAACCGAGGGGAGAGGAUGCACCCAAGAAGGACGGCGUCUACCAACCGCGCUUCCGUGAUGUACGUGGCGGUGGUGCUGGCGGAGCCGGAGGUGUUGAACGACGUGCUGAUGAUCAGGAGUCGAACAAGUGGCGUCACGGAGGAGACGACGGAGGCAAGGAUGAUCGCGAUGGACCUCGCCGGAUGGGUGGUGAUAGGCCGCCAAUGCGCCGCGGAGGAGACGACCGCGAUGACCGUGGACCGAUUCGUCGUGGCGGAGACGAUCGUGAUGAUCGUGGCCCAAUCCGCCGUGGAGAUCGGCCUCCGAUGCGCGAUGGUGAACCGAGGUGUCGGCAUGCGUCGAGAGGGAGGCGAUCGCGAACGUCGUGACGGCGGAGAUCGUCGGGACUUUGGCGGCAACCGUGACCGUCGUGACGACCGCGGAGGACCACGUCGUGACGAUCGGGGAGACCGCGGUGGCGAUCGUGACAGCGCAUGGCGCCGGCCAGCACCCCGCGGAGGCGACG